GGAGGACUGGAAAUCACCUUCGCUCCAAAGACAUAAAACAGCUGUCACUACAGGAAGGUGCCAUUCCUCUAAAACUGCAGGCCCGGUCUCUAAAACGUGUGUUUCCUGGUGGUUCUGCUUUCAGUUUGCUGGAUUAGGGAGCAGGGGCUCCGAGCGACCACAGCGCCAGCCCGCACCCGAGGAGAGGCCAGGAGAGGCCCACCCGUCCGCUGCCGUCAUGAGCCCCGUGGAUGCCUUAGAUGAUGAAAAUACAUUUAAAAUUUUAGUCGCCACGGAUAUUCACCUGGGAUUUAUGGAGAAAGAUGCAGUCAGAGGAAAUGACACGUUUGUAACACUUGAUGAGAUUUUAAGACUUGCCCAGGAAAAUGAAGUGGAUUUUAUUUUGCUGGGUGGUGAUCUUUUCCAUGAAAAUAAACCCUCAAGGAAAACGCUACACACCUGCCUUGAGUCACUCAGAAAAUAUUGCAUGGGUGACCGACCGGUACAGUUUGAAAUUCUCAGUGAUCAGUCAGUCAACUUUGGUUUCAGUAAGUUUCCAUGGGUGAACUACCAGGACAGCAACCUCAAUAUUUCCAUUCCAGUGUUUAGUAUCCAUGGCAAUCAUGAUGACCCAACAGGAGCAGAUGCACUCUGCGCCCUGGAUAUUUUAAGUUGUGCUGGAUUUGUGAAUCACUUUGGACGUUCAAUGUCUGUGGAGAAAAUAGACAUCAGUCCUGUUCUACUUCAAAAAGGAAGCACAAAAAUUGCUCUCUAUGGCUUAGGAUCCAUUCCAGAUGAAAGGCUCUAUCGAAUGUUUGUCAAUAAGAAAGUAACGAUGUUGAGACCCAAGGAAGAUGAGAACUCUUGGUUUAAUUUAUUUGUGAUUCAUCAGAACAGGAGUAAGCAUGGAAGUACUAACUUCAUCCCAGAGCAGUUCUUGGAUGACUUCAUUGACCUUGUCGUCUGGGGACAUGAGCACGAGUGUAAAAUCGCUCCGACCAAAAAUGAGCAGCAGCUCUUCUAUGUGUCACAGCCUGGAAGCUCAGUGGUUACUUCUCUCUCCCCAGGAGAAGCUGUAAAGAAACAUGUGGGUUUGCUACGAAUUAAAGGGAGAAAAAUGAAUCUGCAGAAACUCCCUCUUCACACAGUACGGCAGUUUUUCAUGGAGGAUAUCGUUCUGUCUAAUCACCCAGACAUCUUUAACCCAGAGAACCCUAAAGUAACUCAAGCCAUUCAGAGCUUUUGUUUUGAGAAGAUUGAAGAAAUGCUGGAAAAUGCAGAGCGGGAGCGUCUGGGAAAUCCUCGACAGCCAGAGAAGCCUCUGAUCCGACUGCGGGUGGACUACAGUGGAGGUUUUGAACCUUUCAGCGUUCUUCGAUUUAGCCAGAAAUUUGUGGACCGAGUAGCUAAUCCAAAGGAUGUUAUACAUUUUUUCAGGCAUAGAGAACAAAAGGAGCACACGGGAGAAGAGAUCAACUUUGCCAAACUCCUCACAAAGCCCUCAGAAGGAACAACUCUAAGGGUAGAAGACCUUGUGAAGCAGUAUUUUCAGACUGCAGAGAAGAAUGUGCAGCUCUCACUGCUGACAGAAAGAGGAAUGGGGGAAGCAGUACAGGAAUUUGUGGACAAGGAAGAAAAGGAUGCCAUCGAGGAAUUAGUGAAAUAUCAGCUGGAAAAAACACAGCGAUUCCUCAAAGAACGCCACAUCGAUGCCUUGGAGGAUAAAAUUGAUGAGGAGGUGCGGCGUUUCAGAGAAAGCAGACAAAAAAAUACCAAUGAAGAAGAUGAUGAAGUCCGAGAGGCCAUGACGAGGGCCAGGGCCCUGCGAUCUCAGUCAGAAGACUUUGCUUUCAGCACCGAUGACCUCCUGAGCAUAGACAUGGCCGAGCAGAUGGCGGAGGACUCCGAUGACGACAGCUUGGCAGCCACAGUCCCGAGCAGAGGAAGAGGCCGGGGACGAGGGCGCAGAGGAGGGAGAGGGCAGAGCUCUGCGGCCAGGGGGGCCUCUCAGCGAGGAAGGGCCUCUGGUCUGGAGACUUCCACACGAGGCCGAGGUUCAAAGGCCGCUGCGUCAACAUCUAGAAACAUGUCCAUCUUAGACGUGUUUAAAUCCACAAGGCAGCAGCCAUCCCGAAAUGUUGCUACUAAGAAUUAUUCAGAGGUGAUUGAAGCAGAUGAGUCAGAUGAGGAAGAGGACUUGUUUCCUGGCACUUCAAAAACAGACCCCAGGUUGUCCAGCAUGUCAUCGUCCAGCAGACGCACGUCCCAGAGCCUGACAGCCCGAGGGGUGGACUUCGAGUCGGAUGAGGAUGAUGAUGACGACCCUUUUAUGAAUCACAGUUCUUUCCGAAGAAACCGUAGAUAACACAUUGAAUGGCACUUGGCAGUCUUCAGGAUUCAGGAGAAAUCAAAGCAUCGUACGCUAAGAGCUUUCAGUGGAAGAUUCUUAAAGUAUUGUUGUUAACUGCAUAAUUUGAAAGGAAACCAAUGUUCAGGAAUCCUACUUUUUUGAAUAUCAUUUCCUGAACAUAACAGUUGCUUGAGAAACUUCCCCACACAGGCCAUAUAGAAUAGUAUUGGCUCCUUAUUGUUCAAUCUAGUUGUUAAGUUUACCUGGGAGUGUUCUGUAAAACUCAGAAUGUUCUAUUCCUGACAUAUAUUCGUAUCUCACUGAAUGAGAACUUAGCCCACCUACUGCUCUUGGGUAUAGAUUAAAGUACAUCGAGGCCAUAUUGUUAUAUUAAUGUGAUUGCAUUUAUCAGACGCUAAGGAGAAGAGCAGACAAAAUGCAGCCCGCUUCCACUGAUAGCAAUUUCUAGUGAUCCUGUGUUUUCCUGCAGGUGUCGCAGUUCCUGGGAAACUAUGCUAAGCUCACUGCUUGUUACUUUUCUAAUACUUAAGAUAGUAUCAGCCACUGACACUCUGGAUUGUGGAGUAUGUUUGGAUUAAAAAUGGAAGUCUCAGGGUUAUGAGUUGUUUUUUUUCUUUUUAUUCCAUCAACAAUUAUAUCUAUGAAGAAAAGUUUUAACUACAUCUUAGAAAAGUAUCCAAGACUUUUUUAGAGAGCGUGGUCAGUUAGACUAGAAUGCUGAAAGACAUCAACAUAUUUUAGGAAUGAUAAGGCAGGAGACCUGGGCACUUGCCACAACCUCAGUAACGCAGCUGGUGUAGAGUGGCUCUCUCCUUAUUUGUGUUGUCUUCCUCCCUUUCCCACCAAGUUGGUUGGUGCCACUGCCCACUGCAAGGCUCUGUUGACGCCCCUUGGAUCUCUUGAGCUGCCUGUCCUUUAACAGCUCCUGGAGGAGCUCUUGGUCUCAGCGCUGCAGCAGCAGCCUCCCUUUCCACAGAGAUGCAAGUGCUUGGCUGAGCAGCACUGAGGACUCUGCUGACGUGGUGCUGCCGGGAGCGUCCACUCACAGAGGGACAGAGCAUCUGUGCUGAGACUGCCUGCAAUUUGUGGCUCCUUGGCAGAGCCGGGGGGUGUUCUGGUGAGUUCUUAAAUAUUUUCUGACACCUGGCCUGAACACGAGGACUAUUUUAGUAGGAAACAAACUCAUGCCUGCCCACUGGGAAUCUUUUAAUAUUUGCAGUUCUUAAAGAAGGCAGAGAUGAGACCAGAACUGCUUUCUAGAGUGGGGUUAGUGUGGCUGCCUCAGAUAGACGGUGCAGAGCCACUGCUGUGCAGGGCUCCUGCCAGAGCGUCUGCCUGCGAGGGUCAGCGUAAAGGGUGGGCUCACUCACGCCUCCCCUGUCUGACAGGCAUCAGGCGUGGCCAGCUAGCUCCUGGGAAAAGUAGCUUCUGGGAGGUGGUACAGGGAGUGUCUCUUCAGCUUGUUCAUGGCUUGGUGUGAACAGUGAGAGCCGCUUCCGGGAAAUGCAGCAAAGAAACAAGCCUUUUAGUUGAGGUUUUGAGGGGGGUGGGGAGGAAGCGGGUGGUGGCACACUUGGUUAAGCACACUCAGUACCAAGUACAAGGACCUGGGUUCGAGCCCCUGCUCCCCACCUGCAGGAGGGGCACUUCACAAGUGGUGAAGCAGGUCUGCAGUGUCUCUCUUACUCCCUCUCUAUCUUCCCUCCCCUUUCAGUUCCUCUCUGCCCUAUCAAAUAAAAUGGGGGGGGGGGAUGGCUGCCAGGAGCAGUAGAUUCUCAGUGCAGGCAGUAAGCCCCAGUAGUAACUUGGAGGCAGCAAAGGGAAAAAAAUGAAUACUUUGGCCUGGCUGAACAUGCCUCAUGUCCCUGGAGUUUGUAGCGAUGCAGUCCAGCCUGGCAGAGUUCCCAUGCUGGUGUGAGUAUGGGAGCAGCUCGGAGCUCGAGGGACUAGUGUCCCCGUACCGUCACUCACCACGGCACAGCUCGCCCUGCUGUCUCGCAGAGUCACGUUGCUUGCUACUCUCACACACGUUUGUUUCUGUAGAUCUGGAGUUAGCUGUUUGUAAACUGAUAACAGCAUAGAUUCUCCCAAGUAUCAGACAUUGAAAUUCAUAGGAAUGUGUACUUAUUUGAAAUUCUCUCUAACAUGUCACCCCCCAGCAGAUAGGUACAGACUUCUCCAAGUUUCGGCUCGACUGCUAACAAAAUCUGUCAAAUCGGAGCCCCAGAUGUUGGCCUGUUGUGGAGUUAAAUAUUUUAAGCUCUGCGUCAAGGUGUACGUUCACUUGGUGUUUAUCUGGGCAUCCUGAUUCUUCUCCCUUUUGUUGACCUCUUUUAAUUAGACCAUCACUGUUUGGAGCAGUGAUUGCAUUGCUUGCUGAUGUGUCACACAUGUUACUGCUCAAUUUGGAUCAAAUAAAAGAGUAUUUCAUCAGUG